CCCAUGUGAGGCACCAAUAACACUGGGUGGUAUAUUCUGUCGGCUCCCCCUCAGCCUACCCAGCCCUCUGCUUAGCUUGGCUCUUUCCUUCCCCUGCGUUGCUUUCCUUUACCCCACCGUCCCAAUGCUGCCACACUGGCAGGUCCAAAUUCUGCAACACCUGUAAAUCUUUCAAUUUAUGCUUGAUUUUCCAUUUUCUUUAUUAUUAUUUUUUUCUUGAAGAGAUUUCACCUGUGGAUUACACGAGUAGGGAAACAAGACUGUGAUCACCGAGUGGAAAUGGAAUCAUUUAAUAACUUGGACACUUUUUACAGAUAAGUGGACGCUGAUUGGAUUCCUACUGAAGCUGUGAUAUUUCUAUUCACUUCUGCAUGAGGAGGCUUUGCCCCCAACUCAAAGGAUUAUAGCUAAAGUUGUCUCCAUAUCACCAUGGCUGAAGGAGCCAAAUCCGCCUCUUCCUCCGCAGCCAGUGGAUCCAAUAGAGCAGCUGCACCACAGACAGGCUCCCUUAAGUCCACCAAAGGUCUGGGGCUCCUCGGGAAGCUGAAAAUGUCUGCGGAGCUGCUGAUUGCCCUGGCUGCUCUCCUUUCCUGGGUGGUUGUGGGAGUGGUGAUGUUUGACUUUGUGGAGUACAAGGCAGUCCCUGACAUUCAGCAAAUAGUUUCGGACCCCGUGCAAGCUGUAAACGACGCUGUUGAUGAAGUAUCCAGUCUGUUCAAUAAGUUUCAAGAAUGUGCUCCUGAUUUAAGUGACCCCAUGUCCGCUGCCACUUACGCAGCUGAGGAAAUAUCGGACGCAAAAGAUGGAUUUGUUCGCUAUUUUUCAGAUGACGAAGGGAACUUCUACCUCAGCUAUGUUGACCCUGUGGUCAUCGGGAGACAAGCUUUCCAUUCAACCAAUGAUUUCAUGUGUGGAUGUGCGGGCACCUUCAGGGACACACUGUGUGCUAUUGUGGACACUGUAUCUGACAUAUUAUUGGAUAUAAAUAAAGGAAAAAUUGACCUUAGCUACAUUGACCCUGUGGUUAUAGGCAGAGGUGUCUUCAGUGUUACUAAUGACUUUGUGUGUGGAGUGGGGGGCUACAUCCAGGAUGUGCUCUGUGCCAUUUUGGACACAAUUCUAGAUGUAGUGAAAGGAACCAUGGAUAUAAGCUUCAUGGACCCUGUGGUAGUUGGCAGAAAUGUCUUCAGUGCUGCUGAUGACACUGUGAGUGGAAUAGUGGGCUACAUCCAGGACGUGCUCUGUGCCAUCGUAGACAGUAUACUGGAUAUAACAAAAGGAACCACUGACAUUAGCUUCACUGACCCUGUGGUUGUUGGCAGAAAUUUUUUCACUGUUACUAACGACUUUCUGGGUGGAAUAACAGGAUACAUCCAGGAUGUGCUCUGUGCCAUCUUUGAUGUAAUACUGGACACUCUAGAAGACAUCCAGCAUGCUAUGGGAUUCAGCCCCAUGUCAGCUCUGAAGAGAACAGCAGAAAUCAUCACAGAACAGAUAAACAUGCUCUGGAGCUACGUCUCCACAAUGCUGAUUGGUGAACAAGGGAUCAUGCCUGAAGUGUCUGUUGACCCCAUGAAAGUCGUUGAAGAUGCCGUGUUGGAGUUCACAGACAAGAAAGAUUUGUUUGUGGCUUACAUGUCGAGCAUGCUUGUUGGUGAUCAAGGUGAACCUGUUGCCACACCUGUUGUAAAUGUCGUUUCUGAAAAAGAUGAAACUGUGGCUCCCCCAUCCCCAUCUGAUAUAAAUUUGGUACGAAGGAAAGGUGAAUUCCUGCCACCUUUCGAAAAAGUUACAGAGAUUAUGAAAGCUGCCAAAGAUGACGCUGCUGCUGAUGCUGCUGCAGAGUUAAGUGAAGCCCCAGACUCAAAGAUCGAGGAGGAGGCUGAAGUUCCCACUGAAGCUGCUAGUGAAGCAGAUGGAAAAGAGGCAGAUGAUGUGAAACAUGUCAGCCUUGAAGAGACUGAACAUGAACCAUCACUGGAAGAAGGAGAAGAGGUUGAUAUUUUGGAGGAGGAUGCUGCACAUGACAAGGAGGAAGAAGAGGAGAAAGGAGCAGGUACAGAAGAAGAGGGUGAUAUUAAAACAGAGAUUGAAGAAGAAGAAGCACAGGAGCCACAAACUGGAGAAGAGGUUGUAGAAGCUGAGGGGGAGGAAGAGAAGACCACAGCUGAAGACUUUUUGGUACAAAGGGAGAAGGAAGAGGAAACAAAAACAGAACAAGAUGCAGAAAAAGAUGAGGAGGGGGAAAAGGAACCCAAAACGGAAGAUUUGGUAGAGGAUGAGGAGGAGGAGGAGGAGGAGGAGGAGACCAAAGCUGAAGGAGUUUUGGUAGAAGGGGAGGAGGAGGAAGAUGAGGAGGAAACAAAAAAAGAAGAAGAUGCAGUAGAAGAAGAGAAGACCAAAACCGAAGAUAUUGUAGAAGACAAGAAGGAGGAGACAAAAACUAAGGACGAGGAGGAGGAGACCAAAGCUAAAGAAGAUGUAGUAGAGGAUAAGGGGGGUGAGGAGACAAAAACACAUCUGGUGGUAGAAGAUGAGGAAGAGGAAAAGGAAGAGGAGGAGGUGGAGACCAAAACUGAAGACCAUUUGUUGAAAGCUAAGGAAGAGGAGGAGACAAAAACUGACGUUCUGGUAGAAGAUGCGCAGGAGGAAAAGAAGGAGGAGACCAAAACUGAGAGAGAGGUCAAGAAACCUCUCAAAGAAGAGAAAGAAGUCAAGAAACCAUCUAAAGAAGAGAAAGAAGACAAGAAACCUCUCGAAGAACACAAGGUAGUCAAGAAAUAUCUCAAAGAAGAGAAAGAAGAAAAAGAAGAGAAGUCGAUCAAAGAGGAGAUGAAAGCACCCAAAGAAAGGGUAGAUUUGAUACCAUCUAAGAAAGAGAAAAAACUGAAAAAGCCUCAAGAGGAGAAAGCAGAAAAAGAGAUGAGGCCUAACGAACUGAAGGAAAAGACAUCUUUUAUGGAAAGGAACGAAGUGACAAAACCCUCUAAGGACACGAAGGAAGAAAGGGAGCCACAAAAGGAGGAGAAAGAACUUAAGAAACCUACAAAAGAAAAGGAGGGAAAAGAGAUUAAGGAACCAUCUGAAGAGAAGAAAGACAGAAAGCCUUCAAAGAAAGGGAUAGAAGACAAGAGGCCUUCAAUGGAAGAGAAAGAAGAGAAAAGGCCUUCCGUGAAGGAAAAAGAAGUUAGGAAGCCCUCUGAAGAAGAGACAGAAACUAAGAAGGCCCCUGUCCAGGAAAAGGAAGUCAAAAAGCCGAUAAAGAAGCUGUCUGUGGAGGAAAAACCUUACAAAAAAGAGAAAGAACCAACAAAAGAAGAGAAAGAACCAACAAAGCCUAAAGAGGCCGAAGAAGUUAAAAAGCCUCACAAAGAAGAGAAAACCGUAAUAAAGCAGACAAAAGAAGAACCAGAGAAGAUCUCCAAAGAGAAGAAACAACCAGCUAGGUCUUCCAAAGAGGUGGAAGAAAAGGAAAAGCAAGGAAGACCUUCAAAAGAAAGGGCCGUACCAAAGAAGCCCUCAAAAGAUCAACAAGAGCCAGAGAAACCUUCUAAAGAUGAAAAAGAACCGACACUGUCUAGAAAGGAAGAAAAAGACGUUUUAGAGAAACCCUCCAAAGACAAGACAGUGGUCAAGAUGAUUCCAAAAAAAGACAAGGAACCAACGAUUUCUAAGGAAGAAACAAUACCAACAAAGCCUUCUAAGGACAAAGAACCUGUCAAGAAGAGAGAUACUAAGACAGACACUGGACCCAUAAAGCCUGUAAAGAGGAUUAAAGUAGUCAAGAAGGGGGUUGGGGCUGUCUUAAAGGAACAUCUUAAUGUAACAAAAGCAGAGGUUCCUGAAGUCCCUAAAGCCAAACCAAAAACCGCAAAGAAAGCUGAUGAACCCAAGAAGGCAGUAAAGGUGGAGAAAACUGUGAAAAAGCAGAUAGUUCCUGUCCUGAAACAGGGACACAUGAACGUUACAAAAACAGAACCUGAGCUUCUCAAGGGGAAGAAGGCCGAGCCAGCACCUGUUAUCAAAGUAAAACCUAGAGCUGCUGAAAAAAAGAAAGAGGUUCCUGAAGUCCCUAAAGCCAAACCAGAAGCUGCAAAGAAAGUGGCAGCUCCAAAGGAGCCCAAGAAGGAACUAAAGGAGCAACUCAAAGCUAAACCUGUAAAACCAGACGCUGGACCCAAAAAGGCUGUAAGGAGGAUUAAAGUAGUCAAGAAGGAGGUUGCGUCUGUUCUGAAGGAACAUCUUAAUGUGACAAAAGCAGCUGAUGAACCCAAGAAAGCAGUAAAGGUGGAGAAAGCUGCGAAAAAGCAGAUAGUUCCUCUCCUGAAAAAGGAGCACAUGAAUGUUAUAAAAACAGAAGUUCCUGAAGUUUCUAAGGUGAAAGCCAAAACAGAACAUGCAAAGAAAGUGGCAGUUCACAAGGAGCCCAAGAAGGAACAAAAGGAAAAGAUCAAAGCUAAACCCGCCAAACCAGAAGUUCCAAAGGAAAAGACCAAAGCGGCUCCUGCUAAGAAAGUAGCUGUUGUUCCAAAAGAAAAGGCCAAACCAGUCAUCUUGAAAAAAGAAAAAGAGGAUACUCCCAAAAAUGUCUCUCUGGUUAAACAGCGAGUCAAAAUAGUGCCUAUGAAAAAAGAAGUCAAGGCACCCAAAGAGAAAGUAAAGGCGGUCUCUGCAAAGACAGCAUCCGAGGAUUCAAAACAGAAGCUUAAACUAGCUCUAACAAAGAGAGAACCUGCUCCACUCAAGACAAAACCAGCCCCUUUUGUCAAAGAAGCAGAAGUACCACAAAAAAAUGUCUCAAUAACAAAGGAGAAGGUGAAGGUUGUGCCACUGAAGAAAGGAGCUGAGGUUCUCAUGGAAAAGAAGGCCAAGCCAGUCACUUCCUCAAAAGCACCUGUUAUCAAAGCAAAACCUAGAUCUGCUGAAAAGAAGAAAGAAGCUGAUGUGAAAGAAAAGGCAAAAGUCUCAAAGAAAGAACCUGAGGCCAAGCCAGUUCUUGCCAAAAAAGCACCUGAGGUUGCAAAGGAGAAGCCUAAGCCAGCUCAUGAGACGAGAGCUCCUUCUAAAACAGAGGCUGAAAAAAAGAAGGAAAAGGUCAAAUCCCUUCUAAAGACGAAAGAGCCCAAAGUGCCGGAGGACAAAGUCAAACCAGCUCGUGAAAAAGCAUUGUUGAGGAAAAAGGCCAAACCAGUCCAUGUAAAGAAAGAAGUGGAGACUCCUAAAGAAAAGGACAAACUUGCUGCAGUGAAAAAAGUUGAGAAGAAGGCAGCCAAAGAAGAGAAAGCUAGAGAGGACAGAGUUCUUAAAGAGAUACAGGAGCCAGCAAAGAAAGGAAAACCUGCUGAGAAGAAAGUCGCCAAGGAGAAGAAAAUAAAAGAGCCUUCUGUAUCAGACAGCUUUCAAAUGGAAGAAGAGCUGCCCUACUUCCAGUGUUUCUUUGUGGACGAGGAUGAGGCCCAGUUUCCUUUCUACGCCUUCUCACCACUACAAAUUUGAAGCUUCAGUCUGAAUCCAGUCUGAGGUUUACAAUUUAGUCAAUUUUACUGAUAAUGACACGGUCACGUCACACCCUGCACUGCUGAAACGCAGCAUGCUGUCCACUGAUGGUCUUCAAGAGAAAACCCUGGACAGCAGAGGAUGAGGGGUGAUUUUAUGUGAUGGACCGACUUUAUUUUACUUCCAGAUUUGGUUGAGCUCUCAUACCAAAUACAUGCAGCUUGUGUCAUUCCUUUCCAUUUUUUUUAUUAUUAUUUUAUUGUUUUGAAAGGUGGAUAUAAUCAAAAUGAUGGAACAAUAAUGAUGGAACAAUAUCUUAUAUUACCUCUGUGGAUCAUUCAUUUGGAUCCUCACAGCAACACAUUUUUUAAGAAGGAACAUAAUGUUGUAAACGGACUACAAACAUGGCCACGAUUCAAGGCGGACGAGGGUUCAGUUCUCACAUUUACUUGAAAAGUGGUUUGUACAGUAAUCGUACUUACAUUUUUAUGCACUGUCAUCUGUGUAAUUUUACCUUUUCCUUCACUGCAUUGUAGUUGGUAAUUUUUCUAAUGCUGAACUUCCUGCUAUUAAAAGCCCUUGAACGAACAAUUGAGCAUUUAUAGUGUUUGUGCAUAAUUCCAUUAUUCUUGCUAUUGUUUCAGCCAUUUUAAGGAAACCUUGUUCCUCACAAAUAUUCCUCUAUCUAAAGAAAGGAAAGUUUUUUUUUCUGUUUCUGUGUACUAUGUCUUUUAUGUGUAAAAAGGAAUGACCACGCACUGUAUAUGAGAGCUCCCAAACGAACACUACCUUUAAAGUCUUAUUAAAUGGCCGACAUAUGCACCAGCUCCUCAUUUUGACAUUGUUGCUAAAAAAAAAAAGCAUUGCCUGCACUGUCAGAAUGAGGUUUGAGUUCAUAUUUACUUUUUCUACCAUCAAGUAUUAGAUUUAUUCUAUAACUGGACGACAUGUUGGAAAAGUUAUUUUUCCAGCUGCUAACUCUGUUCCAAUUCUUUUACUUAAGGCAUUUGAAUAUGAUGCUACUUGUUUUAGUCAAUGAGAGGGCGAGUAUAAGUCUUUUCUUGCACUGUUAUCAAAGAUGUUUUACAAGCUGGAACAUUAAAAGUAGGGCACAUGUGA